ACUUGAGUGACUAUCUAUCUCCCAUUCCAUUCUUGAAAUCUUAAACAUUUUCUCAUUCAUUUCUUCAUUCAUUCAUUUCCAAGAAAACCAUGGCAAGCACGCCGGUGAGAAAGCCACACACAAACACCUCCGAUCUACUCACUUGGUCGGAAGUUCCUCCUCCGUCUGACUCCUCCGCCACCGUCUCCGCCACCCGCUCUCGCCAGCCUUCUGAUAGAAUUAGCAAGGUUCUCAAUAGCGACCAGCUCUCCGAAGAAGAAGCUCUCACUCUCUCCAAAAGCAAGCCAUGCUCAGGGUAUAAAAUGAAGGAGAUGAGUGGAAACGGUAUAUUUUUGGACAAUGCUGAAGAUUCUGCAUCCGAACCUGGUUCUGUAAAUUCAAAUAACAGAACUAGCAUACGCAUAUAUCAGCAAGCGGUAAAUGGAGUUAGUCAGAUAUCGUUCAGCACUGACGAAAGUGUUAGUCCUAAGAAGCCUACCUCUCUACCUGAGGUAGCAAAGCAGCGUGAACUGAGCGGGACCUUGCAGACUGACUUAGACGCAAAGACUCAGAAGCAAACAUCUAAUGCCAAAACCAAGGAGCUCACUGGGAACGAUAUAUUUGGCCCUCCUCCUGAAAUUGUGCCCCGUUCCAUGGUAGCUGCACGAACUUUUGAGUCGAAGGAUAGUAAGGAUAUGGGAGAACCUCUUCCUAGAAAUCUGCGAACAUCGGUGAAAGUUUCUAAUCCUGCGGGUGGGCAAAGUAAUAUCUUAUUCGGUGAAUCACCUGUUGUUGAGAAGACAUCGAAGAAGAUACACGACCAGAAGUUUGCAGAGCUAUCAGGAAAUAAUAUUUUCCAUGGAGAUGUUCCUGCAGGAUCAGCAGAAAAAUCACUGAGCAGGGCAAAGCUGAGAGAAAUAACUGGUAGUGACAUAUUUGCUGAUGGAAAGCCAGAAAUCAAAGAGCCUGCUAAAGGUGCCCGCAAACCCCCUGGUGGAGACAGCAGCAUUGCAUUGCUUUGAAAUAAAUAUAUGUAAACUUAGCACCUUUGACGUAGGCAUUCUAUAAUUCUGUCUGAACUCCCCAUGUGUUUCAGUAGAAGGGUAAGUGUGUUUCAUCAUUUUAGGUUUUCGAAAUUCAACCAUGAACAUGUAGAAGAUGAUAUAACAUGAAUUCUGCACUGGAUUUCAAAAUUCAACUAUGAACAUGCCUUAACAUGUAGAAGAUGAUAACAUGAAUUCUGCAGGAAAUUCAACAA